ACCUCAAGUCUUAAGACGGUACUACACCACGUUGGAGUUAUAACUUGACGAAGGAAGACCCCCAGAGGAGUACUGGAAAUGUCUGUAUUCGUUAGUCUUGGAAUUGGGUGGUUACUAGCAACUACCGUAGUGUCAACGAGUGUCCCAACAGCUAGUGAUUUCCUGUCACAACUACAAGCUUGUAAGCUGUCAACAAACGCAGAGCUGAAUGUAUGUCUGACCCAAAACUUUCAACAACUGAAGCCAUUCUUGUCAACUGGUGUACCGGAAAUUGGCCUACCUGUCUUUGACCCAGUGUUCAUCCCAAAGAUGGUAUUUAGUACUAGUGAAGGAGCUGUAACUGUGAAUGCUUCCUUCAAUGACGUUUGGGUGAAGGGAAUUGCCAAUUAUUCAAGUGUGGCCUUCGACUCGGAUGUGGGUAGGAGUCGGUUGAGCUUCAAUAUCCACAUACCUCGACUGGAUGCUCGGGGGACCUAUAGCAUCAAUGGAAAGAUUCUUAUAUUGCCAGUUGUCAGUUCUGGGCCUUAUGCUUCAACCCUGACCGGAUUCAACUUUGUGGCGAGUGGUACGCUAACUGUGGUACCGACAGCUGAUGGCGACCGGCUGACUCUCUCUGGAAUGACAGUUGACUUCACCAUAGACGAUGUCAAGCUUAUUCAAGGCAGCACCUCUAGCAAACAAGACAUUUUACAACAAGUGGUGAACAAAUUUCUGAACACGAACGCAAAGGUAAUUCUUGAAGAGAUUAAACCAGCGAUCCUGAGGCAAAUGCUAACGUUCGGUGAAGAUUUUAUGAACAACAUCUUGAAGCGUAUUCCAGUCGAUGCCGUCAUCCAGAAUUAGCAUCCGCGUCAAUCCGUCUAACGUCAAUCCGUCUCGCGAUUACUAUUUGUAAGUUGAAGGGAAGAAAAGUUGGAUUAGCCAUGUGAUUGAUUAAAGACCAAGUGGGAUUGAUUGAUGGAUGUGAAUGAUGAUUUUGGGGGUUUGAUAAAUAACCUGUAGAUUAAUCCUCUCAUCCGUGCAUUUUCUGACGGCUGUAGACGUUAAUUUUAUACGUAUCUUUAUUAUUUAGACGCGUACGACAUCAUUUAGGGGGAAAAGAUUACAGAUUCUGUAGUUUUUUAUGUAGUGUUAUGUAGUAUUGGAACUGUAUUUUUGUGACUGUAGGGAACUGUAUUUUGUAGUGACUGUAGGGAACUGUAUUUUAUAGUGACUGUAGGGAACUGUAUUUUGUAGUGAUUGCAGGGAACUGUAUUUUGUAGUGACUGUAGGGAACUAUUUUGUAGUGACUGUAGGGAACUGUAUUUUAUAAUAACUGCAACAAACUGUAUUUUUAGUAACUAGCAAACUGUAUUUUUUUUAGUAACUGUAGCAAACUGUAUUUUUAAUAUCUGUAGUGAAAUGUAUAUUGUAGUUUAUUUAGCAAACUGUAUUUUGAUAACUUAGCAUUUAUUUUGUAUUUGGAAAUUCCAUCUAUAGUAUUGUAAUUGAUCAAAGAGUGAUUUCUGAUUGGUGGAGAGAGUAUAGAUGCCAGAAUAAGUGAUUUCUGAUUGGUGAAGAGAGUAUAAAUGCCAAAAUAAGUGAUUUCUGAUUGGUGGAGAGAGUAUAGAUGCCAGAAUAAGUGAUUUCUGAUUGGUGAAGAGAGUAUAAAUGCCAAAAUAAGAGAUUUCUGAUUGGUGGAGAGAGUAUAGAUCCCAGAAUAAGUGAUUUCUGAUUGGUGGAGAGAGUAUAAAUGCCAGAACGUAGACUGUUUUGAUGUUUGAGUACAGGUUUUUGUGUAUAUAGGUGAGAAAAAGUUCGCAGAUGUUAUGAAAUUGGUGAUUGUGUUUUGAGAGAUAUGUACAGGGUGUGUCAUAAGUACUGCCAUUAUACUGUACAGGGUGCGUCAUAAGUACUGCCAUUAUACUGUACAGGGUGUGUCAUAUGUACUGGCAUU